AUGUUAUCAUUUAUUCUACUUUGUGUCUCCUCUCUCGUAGCGGCUACUCCUAUCCUAUAUGACGGACGCGCACCGCUCAACCUGACUGAAGCUGGCAUUGACGCUUCUACUGGGCCGUACUUGAGUGCGGUGAAAGGAACGCAGAAUGCCACUCACUAUGAAACCCUUUUGAAUACCACUCUCGCACCUACCCCUCUCUGGAGUAACCAGCUCCAAGAGCAACCCAUCUCGAUCAUAAUCGACAACACGUCCAUUUUCACUCCGGGUGGCUCCGCCCCUCAAAACGGUUUCCGAAGAACCGACCUCAUCGCCCAGCCAACACCUCCUAACUCAGACCCAGACCGUACGGCGUUCAACUCGUUGAUCGAAUCGAACGUGACCGCCUUCCACUUCUCUGUCAUGGCGGACGAGAAUAGGUCUUUGAAUCUCAGCCAUGAGUAUCAGGUCGUGUGGAUCGAGCCGAGCGACGGGUCUCAUGUUUUCGAGUUACAGAUCGGGAAUCCCUUCAAUUCCACCCCUUCAGAUGAUUCCAACUCCCUCAAAAUCCGAUCUCACGACCUCACCGAACUCUUCGCCACACCCUUCACUCCCGCCACCUGGCACAACUUCGCCGUCGUCAUCGACUGGAACAACAAAACUUUGACAACGUUAUACUCUACAAAUGCAACCACACUGCAGACUGUCACCGCCGCCGAACCCAACUUAAGCGAGGCUAGCGGAGCGACUGGUCAGGGAGACUUCCACUUCGGCGUUCUGAAGCUUCCUCUCAUUGACCCGACUGAGACACCGACUGAGCAAGCCGACGUGGUACAUUUCGGGAUUCAGGAGGGCACGACCGAGGGAUUGAUCUAUUCGGGCAUAUUUGUGGAAAGCGUCGUUGAUGGUGUGAGCGUCGGACAAGGAAGAGUGGUUCGCGUCUAG